GCUUUCAGAGUCCCGGUUUGAUUCCGUGCACCGCGCCACCACUGCGCCUCGCCCCACCACCAGGUGAGCUCCGCCGCGUUAGGCGUUCCCAUCCAUCUUGCAGGCCGAUGGGCGACGUGUCACAACCUGGGAAGGUGCUGGCACAAACACGGUGCUCCACAUACAUUUGCAGAUUAAGUGAAGUUUUAAAAAUACAGCAUGAUUGCAAUUUUGCACUCUGAUUUUAAAGCAUAAACAUGUGUACCAUGUAUGGGGAAAAUAAAAUAUUUCAAAACAUUAAUGGUGAUUUCAAGGCAUACUCUUUCUUCUUCUUUAUAUUUUCCUGUGGUUUUAUUCCAAUGUGAAAAUGUAUUAUUUUAUCAUGAGAAAAUUGCUUUUUAAAAUGUCUCUUCUAAACGUCAGGAACAUACACUGCCACGCACAGCAAAUAUCUUAGCUGUAAAUUGCAUGGAAGGCAUUCGGCUAUUGGGGAGACACUGAUGGUCUUUAAAGACAUGGCUGCUUUUAAAUAAUUGCCCAGUAUUUUGUGGUGGUUAAAUAUUUCUUACAGGAAUAAAAUCCUAGCCUCGUGAGUGGACCGCGCACCCCUGGGGAACACACCCACCUAGCAACGGGAGCCGAGCUGCAGCCUGGCGCUGCGCCUUUAAUUCCCGGGUUGGGGUGGGGCUGUGGUGGAGAAUUUCCGCUCCCCCAAGGCCCUGGUGGCAGCUGUCACCUGUAAAGCGAGCACCGAACGCGGGGGAUGGAGCCCGGCGCCCAUUGGACAAAGUAUAAAGGCAGAAACCUACCCCGAAGACUGGGGGCCGGCGGGGCAGCGGUGGUGGGAGCGCACCGCGGGCCCCGUGCCUCCCCCCCCCCGCGCCCCCACACCCCGGCCCCGGAGACUCCCAGGCUCUGCGGCGCUGACUUGACCGCAGUCCAGCUUCGGCCACACGCCCGCCCAGCCUCCGUGGAAACGACCAGGUGAGCCUGGCCGAGGCGGACGUGACUCCCGGAACGCCGGCUCCGGCGCGUGCUAGCGGGCGCCCGGCGGUCCACCUGCCGCAGCAGCCCCCGGGGAGGCUGGUGGGAGAGGCGGCAAGGGGCAGACCCUGGCCAUGGCCCUGGCCGCGGCAGCGGCCGCGGCGGCCGUGGGGGUGAGCCAGGCGGCGGUGCUGGGCUUCCUGCACGAGCACGGCGGGAAGGUGCGCGACUCCGAGCUGCUGAGCCGCUUCAAGCCGCUGCUGGACGCUGGCGACCCGCGCGGCCGCGCGGCCCGCAGGGACCGCUUCAAGCAGUUCGUCAACGACGUGGCCGUGGUGAAGGAGUUCGACGGCGUCAAGUUCGUGGUGCUGAGGAAGAAGCCGCGGCCCCGAGAGGGCCCAGAGCGCCUGCCCUCCUGCGUCCCCAGCACCGCCGAGCCACUGGCCCCGCCAUCCAAGACCACGUCCCUCUCUCACGUGGAAACCGCUGCCUCCGGGGCUCCAUCCUUGGCCUCGGCGCAACUGUGUGUGGAUGCACCUGGGGACCUGGACCCUCCCUCGGAGCCACAGGUCACUGCUGGGGCGCCGGCCUCUGAGCUCACUCAGCCGACUGCGGAGCCGUUGUUAAGCCCCCCGACCCAGCAGUCAGGGGGGCCGUCCGACCCGGGGCUUCCAGCCUUGGAGCUAGCCCACCCCUCCGAGGACCUCUCUGCAGACGUGGCCGCACCGUCCUGGACACCGUCGGAGGCGGCCUUACUCCACGCAGAGCCGCCUGACCCAGAAUCGGGGCCUGGGGCGACAACAGGGCCGCCGCCACCCCCGCGACGCGCGCCUCCGCAGAAGCCCUGCAUGCUGCCGGUGCGCUGCGUCCCGGGCCCCACGACGCUCCGAAUCCGAGCGGAAGAGCAGGGCCUGCGCCGGCAGCUGUCGGAAGAGCCGAGCCCGCGGAGCUCCCCGCCCCUACUGCGGCGGCUCUCGGUGGAGGAGUCCGGCCUGGGCCUCGGCUUGGGCCCCGGCCUGGGCCCGGGCCGCUCCCCGCACCUGCGGCGCCUGUCGCGGGCCGGCCCGCGCCUGCUGAGCCCCGACACCGAGGAGCUGCCGGUCGCGCCUCCGCCGUCCACCGUGCCCCUGGAGCCGGCCGAGCACGAGUGGCUAGUGCGGGCGGCCAGUGGCCGCUGGACCCACCAGCUGCACGGGCUGCUGCUGCGCGACGGUGGCCUGGCCGCCAAGCGCGACUUCAUGUCUGGUUUCACCGCCCUGCACUGGGCCGCCAAGAGCGGCGACCGCGAGAUGGCUCUGCAGCUGGUGGAGGUGGCGCGGCGCGGGGGCGCGCCGGUCAACCUGAACGCGCGCUCGCACGGCGGCUACACGCCGCUGCACCUGGCGGCUCUGCACGGCCACGAGGACGCCGCGGUGCUGCUGGUGGGCCUGGGUGCGCAGGUGCACGUGCGCGACCACAGCGGGCGGCGGGCCUACCAGUACCUGCCGCCGGGCGCCACCUACGCGCUGCGCCGUCUCCUGGGCGACCCCGGCCUGCCCGGCUCCGCCGAGCCCACUGCGAUCGGCGGUGGCGGUGGCAGCCUCGCGGCCCGGCGCCCGGUGCAGGUGGCCGCCACCAUCCUAAGUUCCACCACGAGCGCGUUUCUGGGCGUCCUGGCUGACGACCUGAUGCUCCAGGACCUGGCUCGAGGCCUGAGGAAGUCGGGCUCGGGAUCCUUCGCCAAGUUCUUGGGGGCCUCGCCCAUACCUCCUCGUAAAAAGACGAAGAGCCGCGGUGGCGUGCCGGCCUUUUCGGAAAUCUCUCGUCGAUCCACUCCGGGGCCCUUCGCUGGUCUAAUGCCCAGCCUGCCCCCCGCCACCUGACAGUGGCUGAGGCUCCGGCUCGGUUGAUCUAGCUGGGCCUGCCCCUCACACAUCUAAGCUUGCCCGCGGCGGCGGCCCAGCACUUUCCCUCCAUCCGGUUUCCAGCCUUGUCCACUGCAGUCUGUUUCACCCAGGGGAGCCCACGCCUCCAGCUUCUGCUGAAGCUUCACCUGUCUCUGGAGCUUUGAGAUCUCAGUGAGCGUCCUUUGAAGUCCGCCAGAAGUCAGGCUUGAACUCUGGGAGAGAACUGAAAUUCAGGAUUGAAGGUUAAGGGGUGCAGCUGGUCUGGCCCCUGAGUGAGCUAACCCAGUGCCUCUGCUUCGGUACACUCCCAGACCAGGACCAGCGGCAAGGGCCUCGUUCGGUGUUGUGUGAGGUCGGGUGGUCGGCCAGCUCUAAGAUACCAGUGGUUUUGUACCUUGAUGCUUUUAUCCUGUUUUUAAAUUGAAAUGAGGCAAAGCAACUUUUAUAAUAACCUUGUGAAAUUAUAUUUUUCCAUAUUUUAGGCAAAAUGCUCAGAUAUUUUUGGUCUUUGGUAAAGAUUUUGGAAUUCUAUUAAAAAAAAAACUAAUGAUCAGUAUUUCAAAGAAAUUGCCCAAGCUGGUGUGGUUCAGUGGGCUGAGCGCUGUCCUGCCAAGCAAAAGGUCACCAUCAGGGCAUGUGCCUGGGU